AUGCAGUUCACCGCCACCAUCCUCGCUUUCGCUGCCGCUGUCGCGGCCGCUCCAUCCCAAUGCACCUUUGGCCAGUACGUCUGCUCUAAGGACGGCCUGUCUAUCCUCCAGUGCGAUAUCACUGGUAACCUUGUUACCAUCGGACCCUGCCCUGACGGCAGCAAGUGCUCCAACAUUGGAGACAUUCCCUACUGCCAGGCCGUCCCCAAGACGAAGCGCAGCGCUCCCUACUGCGCUACUCCCGGCGCUUACACUUGCACUCCCGAUCUCAAGGGCAUCAAUGUCUGCAAUGCUCAGAACCAGCUGGUGUUCAACGGUGCUUGCCCUGACAAGACCCACUGUGGAUACUUGAACGGCAUUCCGUUCUGCGUCGACAACGCUAUCAAGGGCUAUUAA